UGCCAAGACAUCCUUUAUAUGAUCAAGUUUCGAAAUAAUAGUUCGUCACAGGUAAAAUUGAUUCUAUUUGGUUUGCUGUAGAAAUGUCAUAUCUUUUUUUAUAAUCGAAUUAUCCUAAAUUAUCAAUAUUUACAUGAAUUGUUUCAACAUCACUACAUCUACUUGUCAUCGUGACGUUAAUGCCACAAAACGUCAACGUCACUUGCACUACGUACUGACAGCCUGAACACAAUUGUUUUGUAAAUAUAUCUGGCGAAUAAGAUUAUCUACCGUCAAAAACUGUUAAACUAUUUGUAUAAUCAUUGGUCUUUAUAAUCUUAGUGGAGUUAUCGCUCAGUAUUAAUAUCUGUACACCUACCUACAUAUUUAUCGUGAUCGAUUUCUUUGUCCGUACCUAUUUGUAUCAGAGUUGUCUGUUGUGUGAGCUAUCGGUCAGCAAUGUUGUGUGUAAAAGGAUUAAGAUGCGUGGAUUCCGGGUCCGAAAACUGAGAAGAUUUUUGAAGAUGCCUCUUGCGGAAACCGGGGAUCAAUAUUCAGUAUGGGUGGGUCUAAUAUACAUCUUCAAUUUGAUAGUGGGCACAGGAGCCCUAACCCUCCCGGCAGCAUUUGCCCGGGCGGGAUGGGGGCUCAGCACAGGCUCCCUCAUAUUCCUAGCCUUCAUGAGUUUCAUGAACGCUACAUAUGUCAUAGAGACAAUGGCAUGCGCGAACGCUGUGCACAAAUGGAAGAGAUUGCAGGCACUCAAAAGGGAUAGUAUCCAAGACCAGGAUCACGACUCGGAAGAAGAGCCAUCUUGCCAUCAAAAUGGUGACUCAGAGGAGCCUCUUGUCUGCGGAGAGUCCAUACCCUCACGAUACUACAGCCUAGACCAGAGGGUGGAACUGGGUGAAAUGGCAGACUUGUUUCUGAACAAGACGGGAAGGACAAUGUUCUAUGUUACCCUGUGUGUCUAUCUGUAUGGAGAUCUGUCUAUAUAUGCGGCGGCAGUCGCCAAGUCAGUUAUGGAUGUUGUUUGUUCCUCCGGACCACACAACUUAACCACAAUGGACACAGCCGAUUGGGACAUGCUCCCUUGCUUCAACUCGACGGGCACGACAGAGUCCUACACCCGGCUGCAGUGCUAUAGGGUCGCACUGCUAACCUUCGUCGGAGCCAUGGGGCCGUUUGUGUUCUUCAAUGUGCAGAAAACGAAGUACUUGCAGCUUUUCACUUCGGGAAUGAGGUGGCUAGCUUUCGCCAUUAUGAUCUCUAUCGCGAUUCAUCUGCUUGUCAGCGACGGGCCACAAGGCCAUCCUCCUGCCUUCGACGUGACGGGCUUGCCCACUCUCUUCGGGGCCUGCGUAUACUCCUUCAUGUGCCAUCAUUCGCUCCCAGGGCUCAUUAGCCCCAUACGAGGCAAGAAAAGGCUCGGUUGCCACAUCGCUCUAGACUACGGCCUUAUAAGUAUCUUCUAUCUCCUUCUAGCGUACACGGGAGCGUUCGCAUUCGCACACCUGAACGACCUAUACACACUUAACUUUGUGCCGACUGACAACGACAACAUAUUUUUCAAAAUCGUCGAAUACUUCCUCACUCUGUUCCCAGUGUUCACUCUUUCAACUAGUUUCCCAAUUAUAGCUAUUACUUUGAGAAAUAAUUUGCAAAGCCUCUUUUUGGAUACCAAUCGUAUCGAGUCGUACAAUUUUGUGCUAAGGAAGCUGUUCUUUCCCGUUAUUACGGUUGUGCCGCCUCUUUUGCUUACGUACUUUUUAGAGGAUAUAAGUAAAUUAAUUGAGUUCACUGGCUCUUACGCCGGCACCGGUAUACAGUAUUUGAUACCUACAUUUCUAGUGGUGUCAGCGCGAAGGAGUUGCGCUAACUUGUUAGGUUUAGGAGUUAUCAAUGAGUACAAGAGUCCAUUUUCUAACAUUGCCUGGGCUAUUUUUGUCGUACUCUGGUCGGCGAUGUGCUUGAUUUUGGUUUCUGUUCACUUUUUCGAGAAAUCAUGACGUUAGGAUGUAGUGAUUUUGUAAAUUUUAUGUUCAGUAUUUUAUUGAAUGCCAAAUGUUUUUUAUUGUGUGAAAUAUUAUUGAUGUUCGGUCGCUGGGAGGCCAAUCGCUGUCUAUUAUUAUUAGUUAAAAAAUAUUAGAUUAUAAUAUUAGUCUUACCGUUAUUUUAUUAUUACCAAAUAAGAUAACGCAUGCUAAAAGGCUAAUCGUACAAUAAUUAUUACUAUAAUGUUAUAAUAUAGGUAAAUACAAGAAAAUCUUAAAAAGAUUAUUUAAUGUCACUGUCGAGGACAAAUAAGUCGAAUAAAUUUUAUUUUAGUACGUUAUUUAUUAAGCUGUAUAUUAAACAAAAAUGCCCGAGAAAUCGUUGUUCAUACAGUGUAGUAAUUACAUAUGUAAUUUAUAGGUAUGUAUAUUAUAUCCUUAAACUUUUAUGGUUUUAAAAAUUGAUUGGAUAUACCUAGUAUUUUUCCAUGAAGUAAAAUGUAUUUAAUUAUUUAAAAUGAUGAUUUAUAUAAUUUAAAAUUGGUAUUGAUAUUUAAUAUAUUUUUUUUGUUAUCGCUUAUAUAUUUAUAUCAGCAGAUGACCUCGGUUCUAAACAAUAUAUAUAAUAUGUUGCAGUGCCAUUUAACUUUAAUUUCACGGUAACAAUGUGUGAUGCGUUGUUUGCAACAACUGUACAAAUUGUGACGUAAUUUCCCAAAAAGAGGAAAAACAAUUUUGCUUUAUCAAUUGCACACUUACAAUUUCAAAAAUCUUCCUCUAUAGGUGCCAUCUCUAUAUUUUUUAUCUCACAAGCUAUUUAAGUACUUAUGAUAAAAACAUCUUUAUAUAAAUUGGUUUUUAAUGAAUCUAUAAGUGCAAGAAUAUUAAUUUAUUUAUCAAUUUAUGUACACAGACAACAUAAGAAAUGAUAAAAAUUUAAUAUAUUAUCAAAUAUUUCAAGGAAACUCGGUCCUUGCACAACCCUAAAAAUUCCGUAAGUGUAUACAAAUGCAUUAAUUAAGUGACACUUGUUUUAGAACUAAAUAUUUACACCUAAAAAGAAAAACAAUAUGUAUAAGAAUUGGGUUAGGGCGGAUGGGAAAAUGCAAUAGUCAUUAAAAAAAACGAUAUAUUCGUUUUUCAGUAUUUUUUAUCGUUGAAAAUGGUUUUUUUUUAAUGUGAAAUAUGAACUGUCAUGUUCAACUUUAUCAUUUCAUAAGUCUUCCGUGCAGCGUAGAUAAAAACAUUUGUACUGUAUCACGUUUUACACUUGUUUUAGUACUGAAACUACAUUGAAACGUAUACCUACCUAACUAGGCAUAAUAAAUACCUGAAUAUUUACGUUAUCUUUACGAUACGUGUCAAUAGAAACUAUCCUGUCAGAUUAAAUCUGAAUCAAAUUUAAAUCGUUGGUAUUUUUUAUUUGUUUCAGAGAUUUAUGAAGGUUUUGCAUUCUGAAAAAAUAAUAGUAAACAACUUAAUUAUAAAGUCACUCAGUCUUUCGUUUGGGCUUCCAGACUCAUGAGCAAGGAUUGUUGAAUUGAAAUCUUCACGAAACAUAGACAAAAGUAUUGAAUAAUUUUAAUCAAAGUCCUAUGGUUGAAAGACAAAUAUUUCUAUGAGCAAAUUUUAUUCCUAUAAAGAGGUGAUGAUUUUACCACACAGAAGUAAGAUUUCCGAUAUCCUUUGCGGAAAUCUACUUGCCUAUAUAUUUUUUACUUUAACUUCCAUUUUUUACUUUGAUUGCGAGUGCAGUUCGGAAGUUUGCUAUAAAUUGCUAAUUGUGUAAAAUAAAUGUAUUAUAGUUGCAUAAACUAUUAUAAUAAAUUGAAAAUCCGAAUUACUUGUACGUUUUAAACACGUAUGAAGGUUCAUCUUGCAUGUCUAUUUAUUUUCACUGUGAUAGUGUUGGAAGUGAACAUUUAUAUGGAACGACUGAAGUGAGAGUAUUUUUUAUAUUAUAAAUAAAUAAUGCUUAUUUUGUGUGUUCA